AACUGCAAUUAAUGGCCUCCGGGAAAGUGCCUCCAAUAGAACGGAUAGACUAAAACAAGAGAUGUCAACUAUGCAUGAUUCAACUUCUUUAGUGAAAGAUGAGUGGACAAUGUACAUGGAAAAAGCUGAAUUAUAUUACCUAGGGGAUACUGUUUCUGUGGAGAACAUUAAGAAAGAAAUGGAAGUUGUCCUACAAAGCUGUCUGCAAAAGGCAAAAAUGGGUGCACAGCAGUGGAACAAUGCUCAAAGAUCUUUGCUCAAUCUAGAGGAGGUCAAUGUAGCUUCUGUACACGAAAUAGUGAGGGAAGUUAGCAUCGUGAAGGCCUUCCUCUUCGCCGUCGUUCUCGCCGUCUUCUCCGCCGAUGCUAAGGCUCAUAAGAUCGGAUUUGCUCCAGCUCCUUCGCCUGAUCGGAAGCUCUCUGCUGCUGUCCGUCGCUGCUCUCCUCAGGCACUGAGUUUUGAGUUUUGGGUCCGUUGAUUUAGUUUCUCUA